GAAUGUUCAGUUGGGAACGGUCGGGAAUGGCUGGGAAUGCUCAGGAAUGCUCAGGAAUGCUCGGGAAUGCUCGGGAAUGUUUGGGAAUGGCUGGGAAUGGUCUGGAAUGUUUGGUAAUGCUCAGGAAUGCUCGGGAAUGCUUGGGAAUGCUCAGGAAUGUUUGGGAAUGCUCGGGAAUGCUCGGGAAUGCUCAGGAAUGCUCGGGAAUGCUCGGGAAUGUUUGGGAAUGCUCAGGAAUGGUUGGGAAUGCUCAGGAAUGCUCAGGACCGCUCGGGAAUGUUUGGGAAUGCUCAGGAAUGCUUGGGAAUGCUCAGGAAUGCUCAGGAAUGCUCGGGAAUGUUUGGGAAUGUUUGGGAAUGCUUGGGAAUGUUCGGGAAUGUUUGGGAAUGCUUGGGAAUGCUCGGGAAUGCUUGUGAAUGUUUGGGAAUGCUCAGGAAUGCUCGGGAAUGCUCAGGAAUGCUCAGGAAUGCUCAGGAAUGCUCGGGAACGCUCGGGAAUGCUCGGGAAUGUUUGGGAAUGCUCAGGAAUGCUCAGGAAUGCUCAGGAACGCUCGGGAACGCUCAGGAACGCUCAGGAACGCUCGGGAACGCUCGGGAACGCUCGGGAACGCUCGGCGGGCACUGCCCAGGCUCUGCCAUGCUCAGCUCAGCUCGGAGGCGCCGUUUUGGCCAUCCCAGGUUGCUUCCACUGCUGAUCCCUGCUUGUUCCAAAUGUCCCUGCUGGGCGUCCCUGCCCUGGGGCUGGAGCCCUCCUUUUCUCAUGGCUGGAUCCGUCCUUUCCCAGGGUUUGGAUCCAUGGAUCCCUGCGUUUGAAUCCCUCAUUUCCGGGGGUUUGGAUCCAUCAUUUCCUGGGGUUUGGAUCCAUCCUUUCCUGGGGUUUGGAUCCAUGGAUCCCGUGGUUUGGAUCCCUCCAUUCCCUGGGUUUGGAUCCAUCCUUUCCUGGGUUUUUUUCUGGGGUUUGGAUCCCUCCAUUCCCUGGGUUUGGAUCCAUCCUUUCCUGGGUUUUUUUCUGGGGUUUGGAUCCAUCCUUUCCUGGGGUUUGGAUCCAUGGAUCCCGUGGUUUGGAUCCCUCCUUUCCCAUCUCCAGGUGGAGGUGCUGUAUGAGGACGAGCCCCUGAAAGAAUAUUACACCCUGAUGGACAUCGCCUACAUCUACCCCUGGAGGAGGAGCGGUCCCCUGGCACUCAAGUACCGCGUCCAGCCCUCCUGCAAGCGGCUCCAGCUGUGCCCGGCGCUGCCGUCCGAGGGCACCAACACCAGCGGCGCCUCCGAGUGCGAGUCCGGCAGCGACAAAGCGCAGAGCCCCGGGCUGGCAUCGCCCCCCGCCCCGCCCGGGCCCGGGCACGGCCCCCCCGGGCCCGCCCUCAACGGCUCCGCCUCGAACUGUCACCCGCUGCCAGCCGGCUGUCACCCGCUGCCACCCGGCUGUCACCCGCUGCCACCCGGCUGUCACCCGCUGCCAGCCGCCCGCGGCCGCAAAACCGCCCUGAACGGCAGCGCGGGCUCGGCCCUGAGCUAAAACCACCCUGGGAUUGCGGGAAAUCCUCCUGGGAUUGCGGGAAAUCCUCCUGGGAUUGCGGGAAAUCCUCCUGGGAUUGCGGGAAAUCCUCCUGGGAUUCUGAAAAAAAAUCAUCCUGGGACUCUGAAAAAAAAUCAUCCCGGGACUCCAAAAAAAUCAUCCUGGGACUCCAAAAAAAUCAUCCUGGGAUUCUGAGAAAUCCUCAUGGGAUUCUGAGAAAUCCUCCUGGGACUCUGAAAAUCCUUCUGGGAGUCUGAGAAAUCCUCCUGGGAUUGCGGGAAAUCCUCCUGGGAUUCUGAAAAAAAUCAUCCCGGGACUCCAAAAAAAUCAUUCUGGGAUUCUGAGAAAUCCUCAUGGGAUUCUGAGAAAUCCUCCUGGGACUCUGAAAAUCCUUCUGGGAGUCUGAGAAAUCCUCGUGGGACUCUGAAAAUCCUCUUGGGAUUCUGAGAAAUCCUCCUGGGACUCUGAAAAUCCUCCUGGGACUCCUGAAAAUCCUCUUGGGAUUCUGAGAAAUCCUCCUGGGACUCCAAAAAAUCCUCCUGGAACUGCUAAAAAUCCUCCUGGAAUUCCUAAAAAUCUUCCUGGAACUGCUGCAGACCCUCCAGGGACUGCACAAAACCCUCCUGGGAUUCCUAAAAAUCCUCCAGGGAUUCCUAAAAGUCCUUCAGGGAUUCCUGAAAAUCCUCCAGGAAUUCCUAAAAAUCCUCCAGGAAUUCCUUGGGAUGCUGCAGAUCCUCCAGGGAUUCCAAAAAUCCUCCAGGAAUUCCCAAAAAUCCCCCGGGGUCCUGCUCCGUGGCUGUGUACACAGGGACAGAGCAGAGUUCUACGGAAUUAUUUUCUCAUUUCAGGCCCGGGGAAGGCGCAGAGAGGUCUGGUGGAUAUUUUUAAACGCGCUUUGGGUUGGUUGGGUUCGGGAUUUUUGGUUUUUUGUUUGGUUUUGGGGUUUUCGGGGGGGGGUUUGAGGUUUGGGUUUGACUCGUGGAAGCUGCAUGGACCCCCCCCCCCCCCCCCCCGCUGCCCCGGAGCUGGGAGCUGACACAUCCCCAAAUUCCCACAUUCCAACAUCCCCAAACUCCCUCAUUCCCAAAUUCCCUCAUUCAUAAAUUCCAACAUUCCCACAUUCCCUCAUUCCGAAAUUCCUAAAUUCCCACAUUCCCUCAUUCAUAAAUUCCCAAAUUCCCACGUUCCCACAUGCCUUCAUUCCCAAAUUCAUAAAUUCCCAAAUUCCUUCAUUCAUAAAUUCCCACAUUCCCAAAUUCCAACAUUCCUGUGUUCCCAAAUUCCCACACUCCCAAAUUCCAACAUUCCCAUGUUCCCACAUUCCCUCGUUCCCAAAUUCAUAAUUUCCCAAAUUCCCACAUUCCCAAAUUCCCUCAUUCAUAAAUUCCAACAUUCCCACAUUCCCUCAUUCCCUCAUUCAUAAAUUCCCAAAUUCCCACAUUCCCUCAUUCAUAAAUUCCCAAAUUCCCUCAUUCCCAAAUUCCUAAAUUCCCAAAUUCCCACAUUCCCAAAUUCCUAAAUUUCUACAUUCUCACAUUCCCAAAUUCCAACAUUCCCAUGUUCCCACAUGCCUUCAUUCCCAAAUUCAUAAAUUCCCAAAUUCCUUCAUUCAUAAAUUCCCAAAUUCCCACAUUCCAAAAUGAAUAAAUUCCCACAUUCCCAAAUUCCCACACUUCUGCAUCCCCAAAUUCCUGUAUUCCCACAUCCCCAAAUUCCAACAUUCCUGUGUUCCCAAAUUCCAACAUUCCCAUGUUCCCACUUCCCACAUCCCCAAAUUCCAACAUUCCUGUGUUCCCAAAUUCCAACAUUCCCAUGUUCCCACUUCCCUCAUUCCCAAAUCCAUAAAUUCCAAAAUUCCCAAAUUCCCCCAUUCCCCAUUCCCUCUUUUCCCAGAGGUUUUCCCUCUCCUUCUCCUCCUCCCUCCCCGCCGGGGCCGUGGUCACAGAGGUGAGGGCCGAGCAAAGAACCCAAACCCCAAAAAGCCCCAAAAAAAACCCCCAAAACAAAACCCCCCAAAAACCAACCAACCAACCAAAAAAAAAAAAAACAAAACCCCAAAAAAACCCAAAAUCCCCAAAAAAAACCCAAAACCCCAAAUGCCCCAAAAACCUCCAAAACCCCCAAAACCCCCAAAACCCCAAACCCUCCGUGCAGCCUCCGCGGGCUCUGCUGUGGGGUUUUAUUUCCCAUUUUUGGGGUUUUUGGUUUUUUUUUCCCAGGGUUUCACACCCCAGCUCGCAGCUGCUGCCUCCAGCAGCUCCAGCUGUUCCCAAAUCCCAUCCCGGGCGUUUUUUGUGGGAUUUGCUUUCCCUUUCUUUGCUUUUCCCUGUCCUUCUGCACAGUAAAUUUGGAAAUUUGGGGAUUUUGGGGUUUUUUGGGGGGAGUUUUUUCCUCCAGCUUGGUGGUGGCAGCACAAAUCCCCCGGAAUAUUUUCUCUUCCCAAGGUCCUGCCAGCUCCAGGGAAAUUUGGGGGCACCCAAAGGUUGUGAUGGAGCUGCUCCCCACUUCCCACGAUCCCAAAUUUUUUUUAUUUUUGGUGUCUCACCCUUCCCAGCCUCUUCUCCUGCCCUCGUGGGUGCGUUUGUAAUAAAAAUAAAAAUAAAAAUAAAAAUAAAAAUAAAAAUAAAAAUAAAAAUAAAAAU